AUGAAGUUGCUAUCGCCUUCCGCUACUAGUUCCCUCUCAUCUUCCAGUUUUCUGCCCUAUCACUCCAAUGGCUUCCAUAAUCUGGCCUCUUCUUCAGCUACCUUCAAAUUCUCCAAGAAUAAGGGAAGAUGCAUAAGGAAACCCUGUAGCACUAAUAUCACUGCAAUGUUUGAGCUCAAGCCUCCACCAUAUCCUUUGGAUGCUUUGGAGCCAAUUAUGAGCCAGGAUACAUUUGAGUACCAUUGGGGAAAGCACCACAGAGCUUAUGUAGAUAACUUGAACAAGCAAAUUGAUGGAACGGAUCUAGAUGGAAAGUCACUAGAGGAAACCAUUGUUAUAGCGUACAAUAAGGGCGACAUUCUUCCCGCUUUCAACAAUGCAGCACAGGUAUGGAACCAUGAUUUCUUUUGGGAGUCCAUGAAACCUGGUGGCGGUGGAAAGCCAUCCGGGGAACUUCUAAAACUGAUUGAAAGAGACUUUGGUUCAUUUGAAAAUUUUGUUGAGCAGUUCAAGCUUGCUGCUUCAACACAAUUUGGUUCAGGAUGGACAUGGCUUGCAUAUAAAGAAAAUAGACUCGAUGUUGGAAAUGCAGUAAAUCCUCUUGCAACGGAGGAGGACAAGAAACUCGUUGUGCUGAAGAGUCCCAAUGCUGUGAACCCCCUUGUUUGGAACCAUCAUCAUCCACUCCUUACCAUUGAUGUAUGGGAGCAUGCUUACUACCUUGACUAUCAGAACCGGCGCCCUGAUUAUAUAUCAGUGUUCAUGGAUAAGCUUGUGUCUUGGGAAGCAGUCAGCUCAAGACUAGAGAAAGCCAAGGCGGAGAAGAAAACAAGAGAGGAAGAGAAAUCAACAAGCGGCGAAGCUACGCCUGCUCCUGAGAUAUUUGCGGAUAGUGAUACUGACUAG